GAUUCUGAUGACAUUCAGUCCCCUGUCGCACAAUGGGAUACCCACUUGGAAUAGCGUUCGCUUUACUUUCAUCCGUGGCGUUGGUGCAGUCAAUCGACAUUGAACCGGAAGUUACCUUUCAACGGAUCGAGCAAACUAUGGGAUUUGAAAUUUGGCACACCCAUCUUCGGAUAACUAAGUUCAACAGGACCACUGCCAUCAUCAACGGAACCGGGGACAUAUUUGUCGAUCUGGACAACAGCUUUACGCUUAGAGUUGAAUUCGCGCACAGUCGACUGGGAAACAAUCAGUUCAAUAUAUCGCCGCUAAGAGUACCGGAGCAACCGUUCUGCCAGUUUCUCAGCGGAACCUAUCGUGAAUAUCAGUCGAUGUUCAUCAAUCACUCCAACUAUCCCGUCAUUGGCCCGGAAGGGCUUUGCCCAUUUCCGGCUGGGCACUACUGGAAUAAGGACGUGGUAUUCGAUGUACGAAACGUGCCGCCUACGGUUCCCGAGGGAUUUUGGCGCGCUACAAUAUUGCUCACGAGGGAAAAUAGCACCACCGACUUUAUAAUUUACGCUAAAAUAUCGAGGGAAUCGUUUUGGUAACUACAGUAUCGGGCGAAUGGUGGCGUUUUACAGUCAUGAACAAACAUUUUGCUUUUUUUUGACCAAAUACAUAUAUUGAUGCUUAUUUAGGAAACCGCUAAGAUGUUGAUGAUGUUGUUGUUACUCUGAUGUUAAUGAUC